UGAAUUUUCUGGUUGUAUUGACUUGGCCUUAGAUACAGUGAUUUAAAGGGAACCUUAAGCUUGAGUUCUCUGAAGUGCCCUUCUUCCAGAGCAUACGGUACUGAAAUGUCUUGCCUGAAGCACAUUUAACCUCUUUUUGCAGUGGUAGUGUGAACAGCAGUGUAUAGAAUGAAAACGUUGAACUGACAUUUCUAGAAAACAAAUAUAAUGUGUGCCAUCCUUCAGGAAUAUUCGUUGGCCUCUCCCAAGGUCUCAUAAAUUGUGACAGUCAAUUCACUGUAUUCUGGUAGUCCUUGCAAGCUGUUCAUUUCAAAAAUAAAACAUUAAAUUCCAAGAAUUCAAAGUCUCCAAGCAACCAAACCCAGCAAACAAAACUAUUGUACAUGGUAUUUACAUCUUUGUUGCCUGGGAAUCCUGUUGCUGCUCCACACCUCACUCCAAACACUUGCUAAAAGCAUGCAAUGGUUUUUGCAGCUGCCUUGCAGGUUAGGAAGGAUCAAGGCACAGAGGUGUAGAUCAGAGAGCUGCAGUUCCUGAGUGGCUGAGGCAGCCAUGAGCAGUCGAGAGGUGGUCGUUCUGAGUGUGGGAGGUGUGAGGUUUGUGACCUGGGCUGCCACCUUGCAGCAGUUCCCUGAGUCCAGGCUGGCACGCAUGGUGAGUGACGAUGACCAGGAAUUUAAACUGGUGAAUGGAGAGUUUUUUGUGGACAGGGAUGGAGCUUUGUUUAGUUACAUCAUGGACUUCUUGAGGACUCUCCAGGUGUCCUUACCAACUGAUUUCUCAGACUAUCAGAGGCUGCAGAGAGAAGCAGAAUUCUAUGGACUCUACCCCCUGGCCAACCUCCUGAGCCAAGAGCAUUUGCUGAAGCCGAGGCUGGAGAUCUUGGAAGUGCGUUUUUCUCUUCAAGAAAUGCAGGCCUUUUUCCGGAUCUUUGGUUCCUGCAGUACCACCAUUGAGGCACUAGCUGAGCAGAUCACUGUGUUUACAGGGCAGCAGUCAGGACAGGGCUGGAACAGCCCUUUUGCUUCCCAGAAACCACUCGUUCCACUUCCUUUGGAAAGACCCUCUCAUCAUGAUAUGGUUUUUCUGUGUGGGACUGAGUAUUCUGCUGGUGACCAGUUCGUGGCCAGGUAUGUUUCCAUAAAGCCUGAUAAGAGAAAGCUGAUUAAUGGUACUAACGUGCUAGGCCUGCUGCUUGACACUUUGCUCAAAGAUGGAUUUCGCCUCAUAAGCACCAGGACAGUCCCCAGUGAAGAGAAGGCUGAAUGCUACACUUUUGAAAGGAUGAAGAGGGCAGCAGGCCUUGCCAUCAUGGUGAGCCAAACCCCAGGGAGCUCUGGGGUGGCACAGGCAAGGAGAAGCCAAGUACAGAAAGGGAAAUAAGGGCUUUUCCUUCCAUCUUUUGAAUGUAGAAGAGGCAUGUGUCAGCACUAGUGACCUUUUCUUUUUGUUGUUUUGGCAUGUUUGAAACUGCAGCUAUUGAGGGAAGUAACAAAUACAUUUUCUUUCAAGUAUUUAGGGGGAAAAAUUGUUUUCUUGCCUUUUAUCGCUGUACCUUCUUUAAGUAAAAGAAGCCCAGAAAACUGUUUUUAUGUUCUGUGCUAAUCUGCAAGUAGAUUUUAAAAACAGGGUAACACAUGAAGAUGAUGCAACUGUCAUCCCAACAGUUAGGAGAAGUGGCUGGGGGAGGAAUGCAAACCCCAGCGAUUGAUCAGUGCUUCCACUCACUGACUCUCUUGCAGUUGGCUGAGGGCAGUGGGAGGGGAACAUCCCGAGCUGUGCUGCUGUGUGGCUUUGUGAAAGCCAUCACUGAAGUCUGUGAAAUAAUGUGUGACUGUCUCUUUUCCUCUCUUCCCACUCUGGUGGCAUUAAGAUGCCCUUUGGUUCGGAGAGUUAAAUGAUAAAGAUCUUUGUGAACAGAGGGUCAGUUAAUUUUUAGUGCUUUCACCACAAAAAGGAUGAAAAUGUGAUGAACAGCCCUUCAGAUGAAAGAAUUUGUACAGUUUCAAACAAAGUAGUGCAAAGAAUUUUUUAGCACUUCUUAAGUACAACACUGUUGGAAGGCUUAGCAGAAGUGGCUUUAAGAGCCUUGUUAGUCCUCUGCAAAGAUUUGUAAAGAUGCCAAAAUUAGCUCAGGUACUGAGAGAGGUAAGUUCAUGAAGCUUUAUAAAUUAAGAAUCUUUUGUCCUUCCAUCAAGGCAGAGAGAGAAGAUAGCAAUAACUUCAGGGAUUCAUUAGUUGCAUCUCAGUUUUGUUGCUGGUAAAACACAGAAUUCACAGAAUGACUAGGUUGUAAGAGACCUUAAAGACCAUUGAGUCCAACCCAUGCCCCAACACCU